AUGUCGCACAACAGCUCCCCUACCCCUCGGAACUCGACGCAGCAGGCCCAGGCCCCUUGGCUCUAUAACCUGUACGCAGAAGGCCGGAACAGCCCGAGUAAGCCCACCGAGCCCACCGAACAAACAAAAAGUACUAACGAAGCUACAGGCUUCGCUGAGGUCGCAGUACGCCCACCAACGCCUCGCCAGCGCCGGAGGGCCGAACCUCCGCGCUCGGUGCAUCGCGACGUCGCCCGGGCUGAACUCACCACAACGACGGCUCAGCCUCUCCCCCCUACGCCCACCAUACGGCCGGGAGAGACCAACGAGGAGAUCCCGCCUCUGGACAUAGGGCCGUCGAUGCUCGAGACGCAGGCGGGACCCAUGGAACCGAUGUCACAGCAGACGGACCCACCGCCUGAAGCGGGCUGGACUACGGUAGCCAAGAAGGCCAAAAAACCCAAAGCCAAGGGGAAGAAAAAGGCAACGCAGGAGACCCAGCAGGCAGACCUCGGCAGAGGGCUCCCGUCCGCGCUCCCCGCCUACCCGGCCGAGCUCCCCGCUUUCCCGUCUGAGCUCCCACUGCCCCUGUCUGAGCCCGCGACUCACCCGUCCGGGCUCCCUGCCUACCAGUCCGAGCCCCCCGCUUUCACGCCCGAGCUCCCCGCCUUCCCGCCCCGCUCUGAUCCUCCAACCCCAGUGACCAACGAGCGCCGCGCCAGCGACAUCCGGAAGCGGCGCCGAACCGCGUCUGACGUCGGAGGCGGGAGCCACCAAGCCAUCCCGGAGGCCCACAACCCACCCCAGAACUCUCUAGCAGACCCAGGACCGCCUACUGCUCCCAGUGACGAACACAAUGAGCACCAGCAGCGUGAACGCCGCCAGGAACCUGCUGAGGGAGCGUCGUACACGGCCCUCGAUCUCGAGCCCACGCAGACGGCAAACGCGUCCAACCCCGCCUUUGCGCCUUACCGGCAGGCCACCCCCGGACCAUCCACGAUGCACUCGUGGGCGCGUCCUGCCUCGUCACGUCUCCCCGACGCCCCCCUCCUCGCUCCCAAUCGAAACAUAACCGCCUACAUACGCGACGUCCCUCCCCACCUGCUGUGGCAGACUCCAGUCACGAACCAUCACUUCGACGCUAACAUCCCGCCGCCGCCCCCGCCGCACAUCAACAGGAUAGUGACCGGCCCCCCGCUACGUUGGCAAACACCUACAUACGCGCCAGCACGCUCGAGGAACGGUAGCGUAGACCUUAUGUACACACCGCAGCUACCUAGACAGCCAAGGCAGCCACCUGCGCAGCCGUACUUCGCGCCGCCCUCCCUCGCACCACAGCCCUUCGCACCGCCACGCUCCGUACGGCCGCCGUCCGUACAGCCCGCUUUCGCGGCGCCGCCUGGUAUGCCCUAUGCAGCUCAACCCCGGCCAAUCGUCGAACCCUCGCCAAGGAGGCCUUACAUCGCAUCACCCGAGCCGUACGGGCGCCCCGCGAACACGCCCGUCGCAUCUCGACCUCCCACCAGGCCCCGGACCGUAGCGAUACAGGACGUCGAGAUGGAAGACGCACAGCCCCGCCUGACCCCGCCUCCACCUCCACAGCAAGCUCGCGGCAAUGAGCCCGGUCCAAUCGCACCACCCGUCGCUCCAGCUCCUGAGGCUAUCGACUUCCCGGACAUCCUCCCGAAUGCACCCGCCUUCAUAACGCCGCCCCCGACGAACGGGUGGCGCCGCAUUGAGAAGCGCUCCUUCCUCGCCCGGAUCGAGAACGCAGAUCCGCACCAAGUCAACGACCUCUACCGCCACGGGAAGAACGCUGUCGCGAUCAGCGUCGCGGGCUCGGGCGUCCACGACUUCGGCGGGUGGACACGCCUAUGCCACAUUCGUAGGGCCCUCGGUGAAGUCAUCAACACACGCAAGGCGGUCAUACACAUCCCCAACUUCAUCACCACCCCCGGCCAUAACGAAGCGCCUCACGACUACAUCCUGACCGACAUUUCGGACGAAGAUAAGGCUACCCUCCUCGAGCUGAUCUGGCUCCCCACCUCCUAUAUCGCGCUCCACUGUGGCAACCUCAAAGUCGAACCGCCCCGCUACGUUGCUGCAUGGAUCUUCAUCGAACGAUUCCCGUGGCCGACUGAAGACGGCGUCCUCAGCGAAUGCCGUAGCGCCCUCCGAUCCGCCAACAUCAUGAAGGAAACCUACCGUAUCAUCGCGAAGGACAUCACCAGUACUGUCAGCCGAUGGAAGGCCUUCAGCGUCGAAGGCGCUUUCGAGUACAUCUUCAACAGCUCCGAGGUCCGAAUCCUUCAGACCCAUGGCGCGAAUCGCACCGAACGCCCGAUCGCCCAGUUCUACUGUGAGUCACCAAGCGCCAACGCGGGCGACUGGUUCGUCUUCUGUGAACUCUUCCGCAACUACAGCUUCGGCGGCCCCCACAACCCCCAACCCGUAGCCUUCCGCGAAGAAAUGCACUGCAAGCUGUGCCACUCUGCAGAUCACACCAUCGGCCUCUGUGACCUGCCAAAGGUCCAAGGAUGGAACGGACCCACAGCCGAGGACGUCGCCGCAAACGAGGAGGAAGCCCGACGCUUCGCUCUCGCAGAAGAACAGCUGAAGUCGCAAACGCAGACCCGCCCACAGACGCAGCCGCAAGCAGGACCAUCUAACCGCGGCGCCGGAACGUCUCGCGGACGUGGUAACGGACGAGGACGCGGCAACGGACGCGGUGGAGGAUACGGCGGAAACGGCGGUAACACUUACGGUGGAUACGGAGGCUUCACGCGCGGCGGACGGGGACGUGGGGGAGGACAGGCAAGCCAGCACGCGGCUGACAAGCCGUACACAACCUGGAAGUAG